GCAAACGGCAAACCCGCUGCAACUAUCGCCGCGAACGGUCGUGUUUUUCGAGACGCCGUCCCGCGUUUCCCCGUUUUUGUUUGUUUGUUGUGCUGUGGCCGCGAAGUUCCGUUGCCCGUGGUGACUAGCCGAUCGCAUUUUAUUUUCAGCGUAUUGACAGCUUAACAAAAAAGUGAGGUGCCCAAAAAAAGUGAAGGUUCGCCCAAUACAAACAGAAAACAGUGAAAAAAAACCCUACGCAAGUUUGGGUUAGUGGUGUGUGAGAACAACAAACCCAACUCCUUCUUCAACAGAAACAGUGUUUGUCAGUGCCUGCUAGACUUUGUUGUUGUUGGUGUUUUCUCGAGUUUUGCGUUGCGGAAUUUUGCGGGUUUCGUUUUAUUCGAACGUGGUGCCUGAACUUUAUGCUGUUUUGAGAGAUUCAAAAGUAAUGACUGCCAACAGUGCACCGAUUGACCGGUGAGGAAUCGACGCCGUCGUCGUCGUCGCCACCACAAAGGAAAAAUGGCCGAAGAGAGCACCGAAAAUCGCCACUAGUGUGACCUCUUCUCUUUCCUUUCCGACCGAAAAUUGUCAAAAAAAAAGUUCUGUCAAGUCGAAAACUGCCUUACAACUCGAGGGUAUCGAAUCGACUGAGGGAGCGCGAUCGCGGAAUUCGUGUCCGCGAUGCACUGGCGAAAUGCGAAAUCGAAGAUGGCGCCGACGAUUCCCGUGACGGCCCUGGUGGCGGUCACGCUGGCAGCACUGCUCUGCCAGCACGCAGUGCAGGGUGGGAUCAUCGUGAAGAGGCAGGCCCUGAGUGCGGAGGAGGAGCUGGCGACGGUGGCGCCGCCAGCUACGACGGUUGCUACGAUUGAGGAGCGGGAAGAAACGUCGACGGAGGCAGCGCCUACUACGAGGACGAUCUCGUUCGAGCGCGAUGCCGAGGCACUGACCAAGGAGAUCGAGUUUGGUUAUGACAGUGAAACUCGGGAAGCAUCCGGUGAGCAGGCAUCGGUGGCGGAACUGACCAGGGUCGAUCCUACGGCAGUCACCACGGAAGUCCCAACCGAAGAAGAGGACGAGGUCGCCACCACAGUCCCGCCAGCAAUCGCUUCCGCGGAGGUCAGUUCCUCCCGGGAAGAGCCCAUCGUCAAGUUGGUGGACAACUCGGUGACCGCUCGCAGCAAGGCCAACGACAUCAGUGCCGAGCUGGAGGCGACCACGACCGUGGCCACCACGGAUGAUGUGCCCACGACGGUGGUUCCCGCUGCGAGCGGUGAAGAGGUUGUUGAGGCGCAAUCGGAUGUGGGAUCCGGCGUGGUUGAGUUUCAGACCGAGGGGCGUCACGCGGUGAUCGAUGUCGAGCAGUUUAAGUCGGUGGAGGAGGCCAGCCUGCCGCGGUUCGAGUUGGAACGGUACACUUCCGCGUCCAACUUCUCCCAAGGCGGCAUCUCGCUGGAGGAGACCCGCGCCGAACGGGACCAAUUCUUCGCUACGACGGCGGAGCCGUCAUCCCUCCUCCCGGAAGCCACAACAACAGCCGCCGAAUCGCUCGAACCAUCCGACAGCGCAACCCAGCUGGUGUUCACCGAACACAACGAGGUUCUGGUUCCCGAGGGUACCAAUCACACCAUUGAGCGGAACUCGACGGUUCGGGUGGAGCAGCGGGAGGUUGAGAGCACGGACUACGAGGUGGUGUCGAACGAGGUACGGAAUCAGACGCUGGUGGCUGGGAAGGGUGGUAAGAAGGGCAAGUUCUUGGACCAGUUUGGGGCGACCGAGGACAACGAUAUCAACGGGGCGGUUUGGGCGCUGGCUGGGAUGAGGAUGGUCGAUCGAGCUUCGAGUAAGGUUGGAGAAGCGACGGACGGAAGCGUUGAGGUGGUUCGGGAUGAGAAUGAGAAUGUGGUGGCCAAUAAUACGCUGAAACAGCUGAUGGACUGGGCGGCGAUCAUGCAGGCGGCUGACUUUGCGAAUACUUCGUUUGUGAGGCCGACUAGUGGGGAGGUUGAUUUGAAGAGUGAGUUGAAGGACCGGAGGAAGUAUGGUAAUAGGACUCCUGGGGAGUUGGAUGCUGCGAGCGAGGAGAACCGGAUUACUUCGGUUGUGACGGAGGUGGUCCCGGAAGCUUCUGUUGAGGUGACUACGAUGGUGGCACCUAAGGUUGAGGUGAGUUCGACUACGGAAGCUGCUGGGGAGGAUGAUCUUGAAGAUUUUAAAUUUGAAGAUCGUAGCAAGGUGAUGACGACCAAGCGACCCGAGCUGACAAACUUUAUCCAAGAGACGACUACGGUGUUUAAUGUCCGUACGGAAGAAGCUAUGACUACGAUGAGACCUACGCGGAACUACGAGGUCAGUGAGAACAUCGAUGAGACGGAAAAGUUUGCCCUGCCAGGCAGGACUACCACUACCGGAAGAUCUGAGAUCAGUACCACGUUUGAGGAUAUCCCAGUGACGACCUACUCGCCGGCUUCGCCGGUCGCAAAGCGAACAGAUGCAACGACUGAGUCGUUGAUUCCGACCACUUUUGAGUCGAUGAGAGCCGUGAUCACCCGUAGACCGGCGGUGACCACAACUCAAGAACCACGAUCAGCUGAAGAAACAACCCUGUUGAUGACCACUAUGAUCACUACCACUACGACAACGGUCGCACCAACAACGACCACCGAAGCCAACGAGCCUGUCGUCAACGAACAGGACAACAGUUCAUCAGAAAUCGAUGUCAACUCUGUGAAUCAAACCAACAACGAAAUCGUAAUGAUCACCACCACUACCACCGAGGCCGCCGACUCGAUCAUCCCUCAGCAAUCGACCGUCCUUCCGACGGUCGUCGAGUUCCGUCCCUCGCAGGAAACCACCGACACCAGCAGUCCCACCGAACAAUCCGAAGAACAACCCACCGUCCCGAACCAACCCGUCCAAGUCGACGACAAGAGCGUCUACGACACCGUUUCGGAAACCACGCUCGGUCCCGUCCCCGAACCGGAACCUUCCGCCGCACCGGAACCGGAACCAACGGCGUCAGAACCCACCGUCACCACGCGUCGCUCGAUCGAGCGCCAGAUGACCACCACCACCGAGGUGCUGUCCGAGGAGGAGUCCGUCACGGAGGAGGACUACGUCGAGCUGAACGCGUCCACCGUCGCGAACGCCAACUCGUCCAAGUCUCCGCUGGAUCAGAACGCGACGGAGCCGACGGCAGAGCAGGAGGAGGAGAAGGGCAGCGGAGUCGUGGUUGCGGUCGUGACCAGUUUGGUCGUGGUGAUCGUGGUGCUGCUGUUGAUCGCGGCGUAUUUGUACUAUCCGCCGUUACAGUUGAUAUUCCGCAAGCGCCAGGCGCAGGUCUCGUACGGGCAGCGGUGCCGCCCGGUUGGCCUCGACGCGUACAGUCUGGACAACGUGUCCGUGUACAACAGCGUACGGCGCGGCAAGGGCAACACGAUGCGGAUGUCGAAGCGAUCGUACGGUAACUCGGCCUUCGAGGAUCCCGGGCUGAAGACGAACCCGCUGACGGUGGCCGAGCUGGCGAACAUCAUCCAGAACAAGACGGCGAUCUACGACGAGUUCAAGGAGAUUCCGAACGUGACGGCGCGAGCGGAUGAGGUUCCCGAGGGUUGUGAGGACAAGAAUCGAUACGCAAAUGUGGUUCCACUGCCGGAAACGCGCGUCCAUCUGAAACGUAUUAAUGACGACGAGAAGACUGAGUACAUCAACGCUAACUUUGUUAAGGGUCCCAAGGACUCAAGCAACUACUACAUUGCCUGCCAGGCACCCAUGGAGAACACGAUCAAUGACUUCUGGCGCAUGAUCUGGGAGCAGAACUCCAAGGUCAUCAUCAUGGCGACCGACUUGAGCGAAAAUGGCGUGGAAAAGUGCGCUGAGUAUCUGCCACCUUCGGUGGUUCUGGACAACAACCGAACCUUCGGUGACUUCCAGCUGACGCUGAAGAACCGCGAAAACAAGGAAAAGUACACCAUCUCGACGGUGCACCUGCGCAACACCCAGACCAACACGUGGCGCGAGAUCAUGCACUUCUGGUACCAGUGGCCGGAUACCGGCGUGCCGAUCGAUGAGUCCUCGAUCAUCGCGAUGCUGCUGGAGGCGCGCAGCUACUCGCGGCUGGCACCGGCCGAGAUGGCCGAAACGACCACGCCCGCGGCGACCACGAACACAACUAGCAACGGAGGUCGGGACACCCUCGGCAUGGGCAUGGCCAUGGGCAUGAACGGCAUCACCAGCAUCGCCGAGGAGGACUCGACCUCCCAGCUGGACUCUAGUUUAGUAAGUAGCCUUAAUGUAGAUAGUUCGAACAACAACGUCGUGGGCGGUGGCAAGACGGCGUCGGAACCGCCGAGCAGCAUCAUGACCAACGGGACCAACACCAUGGACAAGCACAAGUCGCUGCAGCGAACUCAGGGACCAAUCACGAUGCACUGUUCGCCGGGAACCGGCCGCACCGGAACCAUCAUCGCGUGCGAUGUGGCCCUGCGGGCCGUUGAGAUCCCGCCGCGGAACGUGGACGUCCCCCACAUUGUGUACUACGUGCGGCGAGGACGGGCCAGCGCCGUUCGGACGCGCGAGCAGUACGAGCUGAUCUACCGGGUUGCCAACGUGUACGCCACCAAGCUGACGGGGCCGACAAUAGAAACCUGAGAGCGACUCAUUUAAAAUCAAGUAUUGUGAGUACAUUCGAACACGACCAGCAAAUCCACCCAGCGGUGGUGCCCUUCCCGGAAUCCGCGCGGAUUUCGGCGGGGGGCUCAAGUGCAAUCAUAAUAGAAUCAAGCAGCAAUAAUACCAAAAAAAGCAAGAGCAUAAGCAUAAAAUGACAAACAAACGAAAACAAAUUGCCGUCCGGAAGACGGACGGCAGUCGCGAGCAAAAGUAUAGAUCAAAUAAUGAAGCUUCUUCGACAUUGGAACCACCCCAAUUUUCCGUACAACAACAACCACACCCUUUCGACGGCAAAUUUCGAACAUUUCUUCCAGGCUUUCCACCCUGUGUGCACGAAAUGCACCUUCAGCGAAGGUUUGCCGACGAAGUCGGAACUGGCGAGCGGCGAUUUGAACUGUUUGAAUGCAAUUUUCUUCAAAACUAGAUCGAUUUAGAACGAUUUCGACACUUACCACGUUUGUUUUGAAACAAAUCGAAAGAAAAUUUGACAUUUGACAGCUGCGCGAAAAAUGUCGGCUGACAUCUCACAACCAAAGAGUGCGUCUACACUGUAAAUGUGUUCUAGCAAACUUUGCAAACAGUUUGAGUCGUCAUCGUCAGGAACAACACUUCAACCGGCAAACCAACCCAAAUCUAAAUCCACCGAAAACUGCAGCACAGAUUGAAAAAAGAAGUCGAAUGCCGGGCGGAGGCCUUCUUGAUCGUGUCUCUUUGGCCUUCUCCGCGGGGGGAAGGAGGUGGCAACGAAGCCGUUUCGUUGACAGCUCUUUUCCUCUGGGUGAAGCAGCCAAAGGCAGCGCGCGUCAAGCCGUGCCAGUCCAACCAACUCAUAAUACUUGAUUUUAAUCUCUAGUGGGAUAGAGACUAAAAAUUGUAACAAAGAAAAAAAGAAGUAAAAACGAACCGAAACAGGCAAACGCAAGGAAAUACACACACAAACUCACGACGCGAGAGUCCUUUUGUAAAAAGCAAUACACGAAUACACUCCUGCUAUUUCUCUACAAGAAUUAUCCUACAAUUAUAAAUACGUACUUUUGCACUCGACACAAACUCAUCUUUUUUCCCCCGUGCUGCACCAGCCAACGUAUAGAAGCUAUUAUUUGAUAAAUUAGGUUUUUUUUUGUUGUUUACUCCCCUCUCCUUUUUUCCUUCAACAUUCCUAUUGUUUUCUUAAUUAAGGUUGAAGUUAGUAUUAGUUAGGACUCUACAGACACACCAAUUGUUGCAAUAUAGUUUCGUAAAGUUUCGUUACAAAACGCACAUAAACACUAAAAUGCGUAAAUAGUUCUAAUCUGAACCGCAAGGAAAUCGUUGAAAUUUAUAUGAAGGGAAGGACGUGUCAUAUCUGGUUUCUUACGUGGUGCUAGUUAGUUUGAAUUAGAGAGAGGAGAAACAAGGUAUAUGAAAUGCAGCUUACUAUUACGAGAAAGAGAGAAAGGGAGAAAGAAAGCGAGAAGGUACAUUAUUACUAUUUGUUUCACUUGUAUAGAAAAUUGUGAUAAUUAAUGUUUAGAGAUUUCCUACCAAGUGGAUAUUUCCCGCGGUUGAAAAUAUUAGCCUUUUCUAGACAAAAUUGUCACGCACAAAGAUAAAAAAGUAUUUAUCUGAAAGAAGCAAAAAAAAAAGACAGCUUGAACAAUGAUAGUUUAAGAUCGAUCACUGAGGACUGAGAAUCUAUCGAUUAGCGAAUUUAAGUUGGUUGAGUUGAACCAAAAGAAGAUUUCCCGAACAAGCAAUAAACUAAACACUACUGAAAACUGCCUUUUCAAGUGGCAUAAUCUAACAUUUGCUCAGCAAAACGAGUAAAGGAAUAAAACUCAAUCUUGUAAAGUGUUAUCUAGGGUAAGGUCAGACCGUAUAAAUCAAUCCUAUAUUCACAAAAAAAUCACCAAUUUUCAUGUUUGUAAAAAAAAUAGAAGCAAGAUUUCGCAACUUUAAAAGUUGCCAUGAUGUGCGUGAAACGAUUGUGUGAUCUGCGUGAAAGUGAGGCGAUGAUUGACUGUGCGAAUGCUAUUUAUAUUGAGGGGAAAAACUCACUCACACAUACACACACAAAACGGUAUUGAACUAUUUGUUAUGAACAAAAGCAGCAUAUCGGCUCGAAUCUCUGCGCAGGGCUCCCGGUAGAUACAUCGAGAGUGGGAACCUUCAUCGAGAGAUGGAAUAAGAAUCAAGCAAUAUUUCAUAAAAGCAACACUUUUUUUUUGUUCCUUUCUGCAUCAAUAGCGGAGACGAGCACAUGGAAAGCAUUAAAUAUAUUUGUUGAAAAUCAUGAGUUUAA